GUGUUUCUUGGAAGGUUUUGUAAGAGUGAGAGAAAAUGCUGACUUGGACUUCCUGUCAGGAUGCAGUCACAUGGGGAGGCUUUAAACUGCACUUGUAAAACGACCGAGAGGAGCCACACAAGUGAACAUCUGGAUUGAUCUAAAAACACUACAAAAUUCCACCAUGUCUAUCAACGCGUUUACAUUGUCCUGCGUCUACGAGAAAACUUUAGAUCCAAGAGACAAGGACAGAUUCAGUAUUCAGUGUCUAGAAUGUUACCACCCAAACAUCUACAUGGGAACCAAACAAGGAACCGUCCACCAUCUCCUCAUCUCCACCAACGUUCAUCCGAGCUCCUGCCAGACCUACACCAAAGAGGCCAGGGUGAAGAAACUCUCCAGCUCUCCUGUCGCCCGGAUCCGCCUCGUUCCGGUCUACAACCAUCUGCUCGCCCUUAGCAACCGCGCCGUCACCACGCUAAACAUGUUCUCCCUGGAGACCAACGCGAGCUUUAAGAAGAUCCAGAAUGUUUCUCAGUUUGAGGUGUCACAGCGAGAAGACACGGUGCAGAUGGUCACGUGCUCCAGUCAGAAGAGGGUGAUCAGGGUGCUGGCUGUAGAAGUAGAUCGAUGGGAUGUUUUGAAGGAGAUCCCGCUGGCUCAGGAGCCUUUAGAGCUGGCAGUGGAUGUGUGCAGCGCAUGUGCAUGUGUGGGCACCAGUGAACAGUACCUCCUGUGUGACCUGACGACCGGCCACAGGGAGGCGCUCUUCCAACACGGCCACAGCAGACAGCAGGUCCUGGUCAGCUCUGUGGGGGGAGGGGAGUUCCUGCUCAAUGGACCUGGAGGACUAGGCUUGUUUGUGAUGGCGUCUGGGAUGUGCCAGCGCCCGCCUCUCCACUGGUCCCCGGGGGUCCUGGCGGCGUGCUUGUGCCCCCCUUACGCCCUGAGCCUGCAGGACUCUGAGCUGGCGGUGUACAGCCUGUUGGACCAGCAGAGGAAGCAGACUGUCAGUGUGAGGGGGGCCCUGGGGAUGGAGCCUACUGCAGAUGGAGUGGUGUUGUUCACAGACAGGGCGGUGUACACUGUGAGCAUGACUCCUCUGUCGGAGCAGGUCCUGAGGCUGGUGGAGGAGGAGAGGCUGGAGGAGGCGCUGCUGCUGCUGGAGGCUCUGCCCACACAGGAUCCACACAGGGAGCUGCAGAAAACCAUCACGUGUCAGGCUGGGUUCCAUCACUUCUUCAGGGAGAGGUUCAGUGAAGCCACACACCUGUUCAUUAAAGGUGAGUUGGACCCCCGGGAACUCCUCCACCUCUUCCCCGAUCUAAGCUCCACUCUCCUGGGAGAUUUCCACUCCCAAAUGGACCACCGAACCAGGGCCCAGGACCUGCGGGAGCUUUGGCGCACGGACCCCGAGUCCCAGCGCCGCUACCUGGGCUUCCUCAUCGAGUAUCUGCGGGCGGUGAGAAGGAGCGGGGUGGACUGCGGAGAGGAGGUGGUGGACUGCGCCCUCCUGUGGCUGUACGUGCAAACUGCGGACAGCGACGGCCUCGUGGAGCUGGUGCGUAAUCCAAACGCGUGCGCGCUGGAGAAAUGCGAGCCCGUGCUGACGCAAGACAACAGAUUUUUUGCGUUAGGUCUGCUCCAUCAAAGCCACGGGAAGUAUGAGGAUGCAGUGCAGAGCUGGGCGGAGCUGGCGGAGGGGGUGCACACGGACCCGUCCUGUCCCCUGUCCCCCCCUGAGGUCCUGGAGCUCAUGGUGUCCUCUGUGAGACGGCUGGAGGACGCCGACAGUGUGUGGAAGUACACGGAGAGGAUUCUGCGCAACAGCCAGGAGGCAGGUGUGCAGAUCUUUACAAAGCCUCCAGCCCGAGUCCACUUCCCCCCAGAGAAGGUCCUGACGCUCCUGGAGACCUUCCCCCAAGCCCGGAUCAUGUACUUGGAGUUUUUAGUGCAUGAAAUGAACAGUGAGGAGGCGGGGCAUCACACCCACCUGGCCCUGGCGUAUGUGUCCCAGAGCCUGCAGAGCCAAGAGGACACGGAGACCAGAGGGAAACUACAGGACCUUCUAUGGGAGUCACAGCGUUAUGAUGUCUCAGCUGUGUAUGAUCACGUCAAACCCACAGCUCUGCACAUCGAGAAGGCCGUUCUUCUGGCUCGUACCGGGGACCACCGAGGAGCCCUGAGUCUGCUCGUCCACGACUGUCCAGACCCCGCAGCUGCUGAGGACUUCUGCUGUAGGCUCUCCACAAACAAGAACCUCCAGAGCACACAGGAACCUCUACUCCACCUGCUCCACAUCUACUUAACCAGCGAGGGGCACUCUCCGGCCGCCCUGGACCUGCUGCAGAAAUACCCCCAGCAGCUGUCAGGGGAGAAGGUUCUGGAGGUCCUGCCUGAGUCUUGGUCCAUACAGCUCCUCUCGGGGUUUCUGGUCGGGUCCAUGAGGGAGAUGUUCCACCAGAGUCGUAUGAAGAGAGUGGAGAGAGCUUUGGAGCAUUCACGGCUACUCAGGCACAAGGCAUUCUGGAUCCAGGCCUCAGACGCCGUGUUGAAACUGGACGGGAAACAACCGUGUAAGGCGUGCCUCAAACCUGUGACCACGCCUCUUUUCGUGCGCACGCCCCCUGGUGGUCUGCUGCACCUGGACUGUGCUAACGACUCUGCCGCUGCACCCCCCACAUGCUCUGUACCCGGUAGCGUCAAGUGACCGUGUACUUAAACUUCAAAUGUAAUGUGUUCAUGUGAGAGGUUCAGAGUUGAGUCACAGUGGUAAGACAGUAGUACUUGCAGUUGCAGUAAAAGCAGCUGGAAGAUUCUCUGCUCAUGUUGUGGGAUUUUAAUUAGUAACUGGUUAGCAAUAUCUUACUUAAAGAUAUUAUUAUAACGUCUCCUCAUCAAAAGCAUGCCUGAAGAGGUUUUAUAUGUCAUCCAUGCAUGUUUGAGUAAUUUAGUGAUCUCUCCUGGGCCCUAUAAGCUGUAUUCAUGCUUACAUCACAAACCAGGAAGAUGAUUGGAAACAUGCAAUGACAACUUGUGGCGGGCUCUGUUCGUGGUAGUAAGUCUGACAAAAUCUAGUUAAAAUAAGAAAAUGGCCGAGUUUUCCUCAUCUACAUGUCAUUGUCGCGUUCCGUUAUGUUAUCAACAGUUACAACCAUACCUCAGUUUUUAAUCAUUUCCCCACUGACGCACAACUCCGAUAAUCCACAGAUUGAAGGUGCAAUUAGAGUUCCACAUUAUGAAGACUGCUGCUAAAGGUUGCAGAAUCCAUGGUUUUAUCACAUUUCAAUUGGUUUUAUCACAGUUGGUCGGCGAGCCCACUGUCCAGAACUACACUGGAAGUGUCAGCGCAUGUUUCCAAACGUCUUCCUGGUUUGUGACAUAAGCCUGAAUAGAACCUAUUCGAACCCUCUUACAGUUAGCUGUGAGAUUGUGUCCAAUGCUCAUCUCCAUGUCAUUGUAGUGUUCUGUUAUGUUUGGAAAAUCAACAAUUACAAUCAUACCUCAAUUUUCAUCAUUUCCCCACUGACGCACACCUCAGAGUGCACUGGGUACAUGUGAUUAGAAGAGAUGAGGCGCCAAUUCAAGAUGAUUCCAAACAGCACAUACAUACUGUAUGCGGUCUUCAUUUCCCCACUGAUCACAUUUACUUCAGUGGGUUUUAUCACAGUCGGUCAGCGAGCCCAGUGUCGGGAAAUACACCAGAAAUUGUCAUCGCAUGUUUCACAUGAAUAGAGCCUGUUGAAACAAGCAGGCCAAGUUACAGGUCAGAUCUGUGGAGGUCUGGAUUCUGCUUUCUGAGAACAAAAACACAAAAUUUUAACAUAAAGAACUUGGCCAUCAGGUCAUAAGUUUUUGUGUGUAACUAAGAAUAAACCAGGAUUGCAAUGGUUAUCAGCAAUAAUGUUGUCAUGAUACUAACAUUUGAAACUCAAUUUCUAUACUAUAAAGAAUAGACUCGAUUCUCACAGGGUUCCCACUCUUUUUCACUAACAAAAUUUCAUAACUUUUCCAUGACUUUUUCAUGACCUAAAGUGAAUUUUCCAUGACUUUACAGCACCUACAUGUGUUGACCAAUGGGCGUAAACUCGUCUGUGUGCUCUUAUACUUUUUCUGAUACAGCUCAAGAUCAUUGUAAAACUAUUCAGGAAAGGUUAAUUUCUGUUCUAUCAAUGGGACUUUGUAGUAUUGAUAUUUGCUUAAACAAGUAUCUAGUUUCGAGACUAGUUUUUGUAUCGUUUAGUGUCUGAUUGUUGAUACUUUGAUUAUCCUAAAAUGUAUUUGAUUUGAACUUUGCCACAUAUCAGGACACAUCUUUGACUUUCUUUUUUUCUCUAUGUAUAAUUCCAUAACGAGUACAUAACAUUUUGAACCACU